AAAACCACGAUGUAUGAAAAAUAUAACUAAACUGCCAGUAAUUUAUAAGGCCCAGAAAAAUGCUUGGAUGGACAGAACGUUAUUUUUGGAUUGGUAAGUUAAUUCUAAAAUAUUUUUUUAUAUUACAUAACAAAAUUAGCAAUCAUCUAUUAAUGCUUCUUUUAAUACUAACAUUUUUAUAAUUCUCUAGGUAUAAUAAUACUUUUAUAAAAUGGGUGCUCGAAAAGCAAAUGGAAGAAGGCAGAAAUGAAAAAGUUCUUUUGAUAUUAGAUAAUGCAGCAUGUCACUCAAACGAAAAUGAGUUGAAUUCGGUUAACGAAAAUUUUAAAGUUUUGUUUCUACCUCCCAAUGUAACUGCCGUUUUACAACCAAUGGAUCAAGGAGUUAUUGAACAAACUAAACGAAUUUAUAAAAAAAAUGUGCUGCGCCUUCUGCUGAAAGAAAAUUUACCACAAACAGUAUUUCUAAAACUAUGGACAAUUCUUGAUUGUUGUAACGUGAUAGCUGAGGCAUGGAAUAAUGUUUCAUUUAAUAAUUUGAGAAGAGCUUGGAAAAAUUUACUACCUAUAGAUAACGCAAUAGAUGUAACUUUGAAUGAUAAUCGCGAAUCCGAAAAUUAUUUUAAUGAAAUUUCAAGUGAAAUUUAUACACACAACGAGAUUAAUUCAUGGAUUAAUAUUGAUGCUAGAGAUCAGGGUUGGGAACCGCAAAAUAUCAAUGACAUUAUUAAUAAUUUACAUAAUACCAAUGAACAUGAAUCUGCGAAUGAAGAGGAACCAGAAGAUAAUGCCACGCCAGACAAAUUAUCUAAAGAUAUUAUUCAGGCUGUACAUACUUUUAAAAAUUGGUCACAACGCCAAAAAGAAUGUACAAUAACAGAUUUUUAUUCUAUUACAAAAUUGUUGUGUGUUGCUGAGAAGCUAUUAAAGUAGGA